AUGGGCUCAACUCUGUAUUAUAUUUCUAUACGUUUUACUGAUACAAAAGAUCUUCAAGAAGCAUUAAUUACAGCAAAACUCUUAACCACUGGAAAUGGGAUUUUACUUGCACAGAGAAGUGGCUAUGAGUGCGAAAUUGAAGGAUCAUUAAUCAUCUCUGAGCUAGGCUAUGAAAAUAUCAGCUCAGAAGUAAAUUAUAUGAAAAAAUCAAUAGAAAAUGCUAUUAAUUUUAUUUUAAAUAGCACAACAGGAAAUGAUGCUGAUGAAAUUAUUACAAUGCUAAAUUUGAAAUGAAAUCAGCAAACUAGUUUUUCGUUAAUAAAUAUACCACUAAUACUAAUUAUUUAGAAUUUUAACGUGUGUUCUGUUAAGCAGGAUAAUUAAGGCAUGCAUGGGCCCACCUUUUUAGUUCCCUAAUUGUUGACUUCAGUAGAAAUUUUGUCUAGCAAGCAUACUAAAAAGGGCCAGGAAUCCUUCAUAGGCCAUGUCUGGUCUGCCCGGACCUAACUCCAGUGAACUCUUCGGCUAAGAGUCACCCUCCUUGGCUGUGUCAGGCAGUAAAAGCCAUAUGCCUCCUAAUUACCCUAUGCGGUCAUUCCAUAUUGGCAUUGCGGAUAUAGGUCCAUGUGGAAAACUUAACCCAUCAUAAAUAUCGUGGAGGAUGAAGGGUUGUCAGAAACAACCACUUCGUUAAGUAGCCAUUUUAUCACUAUUAUCGUUAAUAAAUAUACAGAAUAAAAAUAGAACAGUAGUUGGGCAUAUUAUCAAUGGAAAUCUUGAAUUUUUUGAAAAAUUAACAUUUAUAGGAAACUCAAGUGAAAUUCCUAAAUCUACAAGAAAGGCAUUAAAAUGAAGCAUUGAAGCUGGAGGAACCAACCCAGGCUCACUUUCAACAACAGUGAGUGUUAUCGGAGGUAGAGGCUCAGCUAUAGCUCAGGACGAAAUAAAUAAUAAAGGUUCGCAGCUUCUAUCAAAUUUUCAGCUUCAAUCUUUCAAUUUUGACUGUGGGGCAACAUUUUACGAUCAAGCAUUUGCAACAGCAUGCUACAAAAACGACAUAGACAAAUUUGGUUUGGCUCAUAUUUCUCCGCUUGGGUCAGCUAUGGCAUAUUAUUCUAUGCUCACUUUUAAAAAACUGAAUUUAACUUUCCCCAACGUUGGCUGUACAAAUGCAGAUGCUUCUUUAAAUAACACUAAAAUUUUUCCUUGGUAUGCAAGGGUUCAAAUAUCUAGCUCCUAUGCGUUUUCUCUGGUUCCAAUUCUUCUGAAUGCACUUGGCUGAAAAGAAAUCGGAAUUUUAUAUCAAAAUGAUAGUUAUGGACAAUCAGGAUAUUAUUAUAUUAAGCAGAGUAUUGAAAAGCAAGAUAUACGCAUAGUAAAUUCUGAGGACUCAAGAGUAAUUCCAGCUAAUCUUAACAGGACUUCUGUUAAAGAUUAUAAGCGCAUAAUACAAAGAAUUAUAGACUCUGAAGCCAGGCUUCUUGUGUAUUUAUUGCAAUUUCCUUUAUGCAAUUAUGUGAUGGAAGAGCUAUAUGAUUUGGGGAUGAGAAAAGGAGAUAUCAUUAUUUUUACUUUGGUUACUGAUCUAUUACCGCUUUAUAGCUAUAAUGACACUUUUCUUUACAAGAGAUUAGAAAUAGGUACUCCGAUGUUUACUAUUGUGGGUCAAAAUUGGGCUGGAGAUUUAGGAAAAAAUGUUUUAUCGAAAUAUACAGAAACCUAUAAAAGUUCUCCAAAUUCAUUUACAUGCUUUUAUUAUGAUGGUCUCUAUUUAAUUGCUCAUGCUUUGGAUUAUAUGAUAAAUCGAGGAUUAGAUUAUUAUGAUCCUACUAAAUUGAUGGCCGCUAUAAGGAAUCAACAGUUUAUCGGUUGCACUGGGAGGGUUUCUAUUGAGAAAGGAAGUAAUGACAGAAUAAUGGACACUAUUGAUAUACAAGGAAAUUGGCUAUAUGACAAUGGCACACUAAUUGUAUAUAAAAUCGGAGAUUUUCGACCAUUUAGUUUAAAAAUCAUAAGUAUAGAGCAUCCUAUAUUUUAUCCUGACGGCACUACAAAUAAACCAACUGAUCUUAGAAAUGCUAAUCAAAAAUGCCCAUUCAAAGAUAGGCUUAUAAAAACAUUUAAGCCAUCCAUAUUUGAAAUAACUGCUUUAAUGAUUUAAGAGGUAUUAUUAUUAUUGAAUUAGAAUCUAGUCUAGAUUGUUUUAAAUAUAACAGCGCUUUCCAAUCUCUAACAGUAUACAAGUGGACGGCUUCUUUUAUUUGGUAUAUGUUUUGCUGUAGCUUUAGAAUCAAUCAUAAUAACAGUUGUGAUAUGAAAAAAGUGGUGGGAUGUGCCUAUUGAGCCACUAACUCAAAGAGAAGAAAUUUCUUUCCAAGAUCUGAUUGUUGGCUUUACAAUUUGCAUUGAGUUCUUUCAAUUUUCAGCUAUGGGUCCUGAUUUUUCGCCUAUAAGCGUUUUACUGUCUGAUCUUAGCAAUUCAUUUUCUCUAGAUCUUGAUGAUGUUUUAAAAAUGGAAAGCGGAGUAUUUUGGAUCAUUGUUGAUGCUGUAUUUGGAGGAAUUGCAUUAUGGCUUCUUCUAUGCAUAGUUGUGCUGACACGUUUGGAUGAAAGGUUUCCUUCUUUUUCUCCAUUCAGAUUUCUGGAUUGGGUUGCUGACUAUUUAAUGCCUAUACUUGGGAAUUUAUGCUUUAUUCCAUUUGUAUCAAUCUGUUUAGAUAUGCUUCUUAUAAUAAAUUAACACUUUUUUAUUUACCAGACAAUAUAUUUAAUAUUUAAAUUUUCUCACUCCCCACCCCUCCGUGAGUGAACAAAACCAUUAGAAAAAUCGCUAUUUUUUGCCCAAAAAACCCACCCUCCGUGAGUGAACAAAAAAUUUUUUUAAUAGAAAAAUUUUUUAUGGAAAAUAAUUUUGAUAUAUAAAUGAUAAUUAGUAUAAUGAAAUCUAGAGCUAAUUCUGUUUAAUUUUAAACGAAUUGCCUUUUAAAACAUAAAUUUUAUAAAUUAAAUUAAUAUUUACUUUCCAAUUUUUGCGAAUUAGGAUUUUUUUAAAUUUCGAAAAUAAAUAAUUUUUAUAAAAUUUUUAUAUAUAAAUUUUUUAAAAAAAAAAAAAUUAACCCCCCUCCGUGAGUGAACAAAGUUUUUUUGUUCACUCACGGAGGGGGGGGGGGAGUCAGUAUUAAUCAAGCAUUUAUAUAAUUUUUAUAUAUUUUUGUAUGUGAUCAAUCAAUUGGAGACAGUUUUACAGACAGCUUUUUAUCAAAAGACUGCACUUAUUUUUGUUGAAAAGAUGAGCAUUUAGUAUAUGCGAUUUUAUCAUUUUUUGCACUUCUUGCUUACGAACCGUUUGCAGUAUUUUGCAGACCUCUCUGGCAAGAAUUGCAGCUUUUUCUUCAUGUUAAAACAGUGCCUCUUUACUUAAUGGUAAAAUCUAUAUUUCAAAUUGCACUAAUUGUGCUUAAUAAAACAGUCAAAAGAGCAACAGGCUUAGGACACGGAGUUAUUUUUAUCGUUUUGAUGGUAAUUUAUGUGGUUUUUAUUUUCAGAUUCAAACCAUAUAACUAUCCAAGAUUUAGUUGGUGGCAGGCAUUAAGUUUAAUUGGAGUGAUUUGGAUAGCAUUUCUUUCUACAGUAAUUUUAGGAGCAGGAGGAGACUCUAAUAUAUACCUUAUCCUUUUAUUUGCUGGAUGGGUGAUUUUAAUCUUAUUUGGGUUUUAUGUACAGACUAAAAAAUAUCCGAGCAUGCUUUAUAGGAAAAAAGCAGGAGAUACAAGUACUUUGUUUAAAUUUGCUUUUACUUUUGGAAAAGUUGCCAGAAGCUCAUUAGCAAAAAUAAUUCCUUCAAGUGAAAGCAAAAGUAACAGGCUAGCUAACGAGUAG